UUUCCUGCUGUCAUUCAUGUGGCCCUGAUGAGCCAUCGCAGUUCAGCUGCAUCCAGCCCAGUCCGCCAGCCUUCUCUCUUCCUGUUUGCCAGCCGCAGUUAGGAGCCACCAUGCCUGGAAUCCUGCUGGGAGACGUUUUCCCAAACUUCGAGGCGGACACCACCGCUGGAAAGAUCAAAUUUCACGAUUUUCUGGGCGACUCGUGGGGUAUCCUGUUCUCCCACCCAGCAGAUUUCACCCCUGUGUGCACCACUGAGCUUGCACGUGCUGCCAAGCUCAAAGAUGAGUUCAAGAAGCGAGGAGUGAAGAUGAUCGCCUUGUCCAUAGACAAUGUUGAGGACCAUAAAAAAUGGAGCAAGGAUGUGAUGGCGUAUGCUAACGAGGGCGACAGCUCUCUGCCGUACCCCAUCAUCGCUGAUGAGAAGCGAGAGCUUGCCGUCCAGCUGGGCAUGCUGGAUCCUGACGAGAGGAACAAAGCUGGACAACCCCUGACUGCUCGCUGCGUGUUCGUGAUCGGCCCAGACAAGAAGCUGAAGCUGUCCAUCCUUUACCCGGCCACCACAGGGAGGAACUUUGAUGAGAUCCUCAGAGUUAUCGACUCUCUGCAGCUGACUGCGCAGAAGAAGGUGGCCACACCUGUCGACUGGAAGCCUGGUGACAAAGUCAUGGUCAUUCCUUCACUCCCAGAUUCUGAGGCUACCGCUCUCUUCCCCAAAGGAGUAGCAACCAAAGAGUUGCCUUCUGGGAAGAAAUACCUGCGCACCACUCAGAUCUGAGGACGGAGAAAUAAAAAUAAAAUUAUUAA